AAAAGUGGGUUAGUUCUGACAAUCGACGAUCAAUCAUAAUUCGGAAAUCUCGCAAAAAAUUGGGCAAUGAUUUGCAAAUACACGAAACAAAGUGGGGUUACAUUAUCCAAAAUCCAAAUCCAAAUAUAAAUAGAAAAAAAAAAAAAUAGAAAGUCAAAAGUCAAAACCCAUCUCAUUCAUUUUCAGCCCACGGACUUCCCGCUUCUCUCGCAGCCGCGCCUUUGUCUGAAAAUCCUCCACCUCUCUUCUUCUUCUUCUUCUUCUAUUCUCUUCCACUCUCAUUUCACUCUAUAAAAAUAAAUAAAUAAAUAAAAUACCUUUCAAACAUAAGCGUUCUUUGAUUUAUCUGCAUUCAGAUCGUUCUUCGAUACUGCAAUUAUCUUUCUUUGUCCGAUUCCGCUCUCCGCUCUCGCAGAUCCAAUAUGCAUAAAUUCAAUUAAGUUGCCGCCUAUUUGAUGAGUUAGAGUUUGGGCUAUUUGUCUUGUUGGCCUUAUGGAAACCCAAGACUUGACCAAGAAAGAUGUCACAAAUCCUCCAGACGCUGAGACGUUGGAGGGAGAGAGCUUAGUCAUCCAGAAAGAAGAUCAAGGGGAGCCCUUGGAGGAAAUUAAAACUCUGGACAUAAAUGGUGAUAAUCCGAAGUUGGACAAUGAUAAAACACAAGAUGAAUUAGUUGAGAAGGCAGAUGAAAACAAGGACUCGGUGUCUAAAGUCGAAGAGGAGACGUCUGGCGAUGAUAAGACGAAUGACCAUGGUAUGAAUCUUGAGGCUAACUCUCAAGAAGAGAUUUUAGACAAUAAUGGGGAAAAGGAUAAUUUGGAACAGAAGAUAGAUGAGAGUAAGGAGACCAUUGGGGAGGAGAAGGAGCAAGAGCCUGUUUUUGAUGGGACGGAGGUUCCUGGGAUGGAAGAUAUCAGAAGCACAUCCACUCGUUCUUUAGAUCUUGAUUUGGAGACACAAAAGGUGGUUGAGAAGGCAGUCGCAUUGAAGAACCUUGUUAAGGAGAAAGGGGAGAAGGGAGCAGUUGCUGUUUCGAACUUCCUCCGUCGCCUAUCUGGUAAAAAAGAUGAAGAAGAUGGACUAGAUGUCUCUGAAAAUGUUGGUAAGGAUGUUUCAGACUCUGCAACAGAUAAUGCAGCUGAAGAAGCCUCUCAGAAAACAGGUGAAAGGUCCGCAUGGAAUCCCCUCAGCUAUCUUACCAUUCCCCGUGAUGUUGUGGAGAACAUUGAGGAGAAAGAGGUAGUAACUAAAGAACCAGAAGCUCAUAUUGUAAUGAAAGGAAGAAUUAUUCUGUACACGAGGUUGGGGUGCAAAGAUUGCAAGGAGGCUAGGUUUUUUUUGCACAGGAAGAGGUUGAAAUAUGUUGAGAUCAAUAUUGAUGUUUAUCCCACCAGAAAGAUGGAGCUAGAGAAGAUUGCUGGGUCUUCUGCAGUUCCAAAGGUGUUCUUUAAUGAAAUCCUUAUUGGAGGCGUGAGUGAGCUAAAAGGUCUGGAAGAAUUGGGAAAGCUUGAUGAGAAAAUUGAUUAUCUGAUCGCUGAAGCACCAUCUUUUGAAGCUCCUUUGCCACCACUUUCUGGUGAAGAUGACAUGUCCACUAGUGGGGUUAUUGAUGAGCUAGCUUUGAUUGUUCGGAAAAUGAAAGAUUCCAUUGUUGUCAAGGACCGGUUUUAUAAGAUGCGUAGGUUCACCAGCUGUUUUCUAGGUUCAGAAGCUGUGGAUUUCAUAUCAGAGGAUCAGUACCUGGAAAGGGAAGAGGCAGUUGAAUUUGGGAGAAAGUUAUCGUGUCAGCUGUUCUUCCAACAUGUUCUUGGUGAAAAUCAAUUUGAAGAUGGCAACCACCUUUAUCGGUUCUUGGAUGAUGAUCCAAUAAUCUCUGAAUGUCUUAACAUACCAAGGGGUAUAACUGAUGUGAAGCCAAAGCCCAUAACAGAAAUUGCAUCGAGGUUGAGGUUCUUGUCUUAUGCAAUUAUUGACGCCUACACAUCAGAAGAUGGAAAGCAUGUGGAUUAUAUAAGUAUUCAAGCAAGCGAAGAAUUUGCAAGGUAUUUGAGAAUAGUGGAGGAGCUUCAAAGAGUAGACUUGCACAACAUGUCUAGGGAGGAGAAACUUGCUUUCUUUAUAAAUCUUUACAAUAUGAUGGCCAUCCAUGCAAUAUUGUUGUGGGGUCACCCAGCUGGGGCACUAGAAAGAAGAAGAUUGUUUGGAGACUUUAAGUAUGUUGUUGGGGGGUCCGCGUACUCCCUUUCCGCUCUUCAGAAUGGAAUUUUACGGGGCAACCAGCGACCUCCAUACAAUCUCAUGAAGCCAUUUGGUGCAAAAGAUAGACGUUCCAAGGUGGCUCUUCCUUAUCCGGAGCCUCUCAUUCACUUUGCACUCGUCUCUGGUAACCAAUCUGGGCCCACUCUUCGAUGCUACUCACCAGGAAACGUUGACAAAGAGUUGAUGGAAGCAGCCUGUAAUUUCCUAAGAAAUGGUGGAGUUAUCAUCGAUCUUCAAGCCAAAGUAGCCUCAGUUAGCAAGAUACUCAAAUGGUAUAGUAUAGAUUUUGGUAAGAAUGAGUUAGAGGUACUCAAGUUUGUAUCAAACUACUUGGACACAGCAAUCUCAGAAGCUUUACUGGAGUCUAUUGCCAACUCUCAGUUGAAGGUGACAUAUCAGCCUUACGACUGGCUUUUGAACUGCUAAUGUCUUGGCCCUUCUCUUCCUACGUACAAUACAUUUAUACACUAUACGUAGCUCUCCCCUCUCCAUGUGAUACAAAGGCUGAGAGGGAAGUUUUGAAAUUGUCUUUAUUAUCAGCUUUUUGCUAUUCUGCUUAAGAUCUUGUUGUGCCGGCAGAUGAUGCAUGAGAUAUGUAUUUUUAUAAUGUUGAUAUAAAGCCUAAUGAUCGCUUGUACUGGCAAAACAAAUAGAUCAUGGACUUUGUAGAAUUGUUGUGGAGAUUAUGAAUUCUUUUGUAUAAUUUACGGUUGUAAGGAUUUUACUAAUCUGUUUGAUUGAAAAUGAAUGCUCCACACCACUUUUGAAUUC